AUGAGGGAGUUUAAUGAGUUAAUUGAUAAUCUUGAAGUGGCCGAUUUACCAAUGAUGGGAAGAAAAUUUACUUGGUGCAAUUCUCAGGAGGGGGAGAAGUGGAGUCGAAUUGACAGGUUCUUGCUUAGUCCAGAAUGGCUACAAAUGUUUAAUUUUAAACUUUGGGGGCUGCCUCGGAAGGUCUCAGAUCACUGUCCUAUUCUGUUGAUGGAGGAUGAGAGAGAUUGGGGCCCAACUCCUUUUCGAUUUCUAAAUGCUUGGACCCUACAUCCUAAAUUCAGAUCUUUUGUGGAAAAUACGUGGUUAGAAGCUAAUGUGGUGGGUUGGGCUGGUUUCAAAUGUCUUCAGAAGCUCAAAAUACUAAAACUGGCAUUGAAGCAGUGGGCUAAAGAAGUCUUUGGUGAUGUGGAGCAUAAACUUAAUCAAGUUGAAGAGGAGAUUCAUGCACUUGAUAUAAGUGCUGAAGAAAGACCAUUAUCUAUGGCAGAGCAAGCUAGAAGAAGAGAGGCUAAAGGCGUGGCUUGGAAACUAAGUAAAAUGGUGGAAUGGGCAUGGAUACAAAAAUCCAGAAUCAAGUGGUCAACAUAA